AUCUGACAUGAAGUGAAGAAUAUGGCAUUCUCUUUCUGCAGUGUUUUAGGAUAUCUGAGACUGAGAAUGUGGGAGAAAGAAACAUAGUAAAGUCUGCUCAAGCUUGAUCAUAUGUGAGUAAGGUAAGUGACAAACUACAGCAUAGUGACCAACACCAAGAGAAGAAUUGAUAUUGCUGCCCAGUGAUGGAAGAAGCAAGUAAAAGCCUUGUAUUUAAAACCUUAGUUAAGUAAAGUAUUUAGCUCAGACUGGAAAUGAAACCGGAGCACCAGGAUGUCAUCCUGCAGGCGUGCGGUGCUUCAUCCCUGCGUGUCGGUGCAAAGAUCCAGACGCUGUGGAGCGGUUACGGGGAGAUCGUCAGGCUGCCCCUGGAGGGCUGCGACCGGCCCUCUGUGGUCGUCAAGCAUGUCAGGCUUCCCAAGGAGGCCGAGCACCCCGGGGGCCGGAACACAGAUCGCUCCCACGCACGUAAAGUGAGAUCCUACAAGGUGGAAACACACUGGUACCAGAACUAUUCCACCAAUCAGAGCUGUCGGACCCCUGCCUGCCUGGCUGCUUGUUCCCAUGGAGACGAGAUGCUGAUCGUGCUGGAGGAUCUGGAUGUGGCCGGUUAUGAUCAGAGGAGGACCAGUGUGAAGGACAGAGAGAUAAAGGCGUGUCUCAGCUGGCUUGCCCACUUCCACGCUCUCUUCCUGGGCGUGGCACCAGACGGCCUUUGGCCUGUCGGCACCUACUGGCACCUGGAGACCCGGCCGGACGAGCUGGAGGCCAUGGACCACGCCGAGCUCAAAGCAGCAGCCGGUGACAUUGACAAGAUACUCAACGAAUGUCGCUUCAAGACAGUCGUUCAUGGAGACGCCAAGUUAGCCAACUUUUGUUUUUCCCAGAGUGGACGGGAUGUGGCAGCUGUGGACUUUCAGUAUGUUGGUGGGGGCUGUGGGAUGAAAGAUGUUGUGUAUUUUUUAGGAAGCUGCAUGGAGGAGAAGGAGUGUGAGAAGAGGGUACCAGGCAUGCUGGACUACUAUUUCACUGAAUUAAAGCAAACUGUGAAAAAAGAUGUGGACUUUGCUGCCCUGGAGAAAGAGUGGAGGGAGAUGUUUGUGUAUUCCUGGACAGAUUUUCAUCGCUUCCUGCUGGGAUGGAUGCCUGGACACUGGAAGAUCAACCGGUACAGUAAACAGUUGUCCAAAGAGGUUCUCCGCAAACUGAAACUGUAACCAGAAUUAAGAUCUUUUUACUUCAGACAACCAGAGAACUGAGCGUGUAGCUGGAACAGUUUGAACCUGAAAAUCUGUGUACGGCAAAAUGUAUGAUUCACAAUCGCUUCUGUACAUUAAAACAUGCUAAUGGCAACAAUUCUGGUUAAAUAAAAGUUUGUGAAAAAAUGCUCUGGCUUUUCUUUGGACUGGGAAACCACUGUACCAUUU